AUGCCGCCUCCGCCGCAUCAAAAACCCGAAAAUGUCCUCAAGAGGGCCCACGAACUCAUCGGGGUCAACCAGGCCCCCGCCGCCCUGAACCUGCUGCACGAACACAUCACAUCGAAGAGGUCCCGAAAUGUCCCCAUCGCCUCGCUGGAGCCGGUUAUGGUCCUGCUCGUUGAGCUGGCCGUGGAACAGAAGAAGGGAAAGCUCGCCAAGGACGCUCUCUACCAGUACAAGAACAUCGCCCAGAACACCAACGUGGGCACCAUCGAGCUUGUGCUCAAGAAAUUCAUCGAGCUGGCCGCCGAGAAGGUCACUGUCGCCCAACAGAAGGCGGAUGAGGUCCAAUCCAGCCUCGAGGCCACUGCCGAGACCUCCGGCAUCGACGAUCUCGAGGCCAGCGAGACCCCGGAGUCCAUCCUCCUAGCCACCGUCUCUGGCGAGCAGUCCAAGGACCGCACCGACCGCGCCAUUGUCACUCCGUGGCUGAAGUUCCUGUGGGAGGCCUACCGCACCGUUCUUGAUAUUCUCCGCAACAAUGCCCGCCUUGAGCUGCUUUAUCAGAGCACGGCCAUGCAGGCCUUUGACUUCUGCCUCAAGUACACCCGCAAGACCGAGUUCCGCCGCCUGUGCGAGCUGCUCCGCAACCAUGUCCAGACCGCUGCCAAGUAUUCGUCUCAGAUGCAUGCUAUUAACCUCAACGACCCGGAUACCCUCCAGCGCCACCUCGAGACUCGGUUUCAGCAGCUGAAUGUGGCCGUCGAGCUAGAGCUCUGGCAGGAGGCCUUCCGCAGUGUGGAGGACAUCCACACCCUGUUGAGCCUCAGCAAGCGCCCGGCCAAGAACAUCAUGAUGGCCAACUACUACGAGAAGCUUACUCGUAUUUUCCUGGUUGGCGAGAAUUACCUCUUCCACGCCGCUGCCUGGGCGCGCUACUACAACCUCCUGCGCCAGUCGGCGGCCAUGCUCGCCGCUGGCCAGAGCAGAAAGUCCGACAGCCCGCCUGCCAGCGAUGCCGACCUUGAGCGGGCCGCUACUUUUGUCGUCCUCUCGGCUUUGUCCAUCCCGGUCAUCAGCACCACCCGCUCGCGCGGUGCCAUGGUCGACUUUGACGAGGCCCGCAAGAACAAGAACUCGCGCCUUACCCAUCUCCUGGGCCUAUCCCAGGCGCCCACCCGCGCUACCCUUUUCCGCGACGUUCUCUCCAAGGCUCUCCUCCGCCGCGCCCGUCCUCAGAUCCGGGACCUCUACAACAUCCUCGAGGUCGACUUCCACCCUCUUUCCAUCUGUCAGAAGAUCUCCCCGAUUCUCGCCCAGGUCGGUGCCGACGAGGAGAUGCAAAAGUACAUCCUCCCUCUGCAGCAGGUCAUCCUUACCCGCCUGUUCCAGCAGCUGUCUCAGGUGUACGAGACGGUCGACCUCGAAUUCGUCCAGAGCCUGGCUCAAUUCCCGGAGCCCUUCCAGGUCACCCGUGGCACCAUCGAGAAGUUUAUCAUGAACGGCAACAAGAAGGGCGAUCUCGCCAUUCGCAUGGACCACGCCACCGGCGUCCUGAGCUUCGACGUCGACGUCUUCUCCUCGGCCAAGGCCGUCCACGCCGGUUCCGCCGCCGGCUCGGCCGAGAGCGAGGUCGGCUCCGUGCAGCGCCUCCAGAGCACACCAUCCCAAAUCGUCCGUUCUCAGCUCACCCGCCUUGCUGAGGUGCUCUUCACCACCUGCCGAUACAUCGACCCCUCGUUCAACGAGGCUCGCAUCCAGGCUCGCGAUGCUGCUCUCGUCCGUGCCAAGGCUGGUGCGGAGAAGGAGCAUCUCGAUAUUCUGGCCAGGAAGGAGGUGAUUCAGAAGCGCAAGGAUAAGGCAUCUGAGAUCCAGGCCCAAAAGGAUAAGGAGAAUGCCCGCAAGAAGGCGCUCCAGGAGCAGGCCUUGCAACAGGCCGAGGCCCAGCGCCUCGCGGAGGAGCAGCGGGUCCGUGAGCAGAAGCGCAUGGCUACGGAGCGCGAGCAGAUCAAGAAGAAAGAGGUCGAGAGCAUGCUCAAGGAUAUGAAGCUUGAUGACGUUGAGCUCGAAGACCUCGAUAAUCUUGAUAGCAACAAGAUCCGCAUGAUCAAGCUGCAGCAGCUUGAGCGGGAGAAGAACACGAUCGCCGAGAAGCUGCGUGUCACCGGCAAGCGUCUCGACCAUCUCGAGCGUGCCUUCAGGAAGGAGGAGGCUAAGAAACUCCCCGAGGACUACGCCAAGCAGCGCGAGCGCGAUAUUGCCGAGUACGAGCUGGUCAAGGCCCAAACCCUCAAGGAAGCGGAGCAGAAGCACAAGGCGGACGUGGAGCUGAAGCACCGCCUUACCCGCCUCAUGCCCCAUUACGAGACCUUCCGCGCUGACCUGCACGAGCGCCGCCGCGACCUGUUCGAGAAGCGCCGUCGCGAUGCCGAGCGUGAGCUCGAGAAGCAAGUCACGCUCCGGCGCAAGGAGUUCCGCGAGCGCAAGAUCCGGGAGAAGCGCGAGCGCGAGGAGAAGGAACGUGCUCUCCGGGAAGCCGAGGAGCGCGCCGAGCGCGAGAAGGAAGAAGAGCGGAAGCGACAGGAGGCCCGUAAGGAGGAGAUGGCCCGGAUUCGCGAGGAGCGUGAGAAGGAGCGCGAGCGUGCCAAGGAAGCCCAGGCCCGCCAGCAGCAGCGCGAGGAAGAAGCCAUGGCCCGGCGCAAGGCCGAGAAGGCCGCUGCUGCCGCGGUACCCAUCCGGGAGCGCGAGCCCAUCCGGGAACGCGAGCCAUUGGCCGCCUCUGCCGGUGGUCCGCCCCGUCUCGCCCUCGCCGGCAACAAACCCAGCUGGCGCGAACGGGAAGCCCUCAAGAACGCCGGCGGCGGUGGUGCCCCAUCGGACAACACCCCGCCCCCGGCCCGUGCCGCUGCCCCGCCCUUGGAGCGCAACGACUCCAGCGACCGCGCGCCCACCCGGGAACGCGAGCCCAACCGGGAGCGUGAGCCAGUGGCCGCCUCUGCCGGCGGUCCUCCCCGUCUUGCGCUCGCCGGAAACAAGCCUAGCUGGCGUGACCGGGAGGCUGCCAAGAACGCCGCUGGCGGCGGUGGUGGUGCUAGCGGAAGCACCCCGCCUCCCGAGCGUGGUGGUGCUCCGUUGCCCCGUGGUGGUGCGCCGCUCCCCAGACGUGGUGGUGCCCCCCCGCUUGACCGCACUGGCUCGGGCCGUGGCGAGAGGGAACCCAGAGACCCCAGAGAGUCGCGGGACAGCAACAACAACAGCCCCGCGCCGGAGCCGCUCAAGCCUAGUGGCGCGCCGGGCAAAUGGGUGCCCAAGUUCCGCCAGGGGAAUUAA